GGAGUGAGUGUCAGGUGCUCCGAUUGGCAAGGCGGGUCGAUCCAGGGAGGCAUAGACGCGCGCUAGCCCCGAGAACUCACGGUCCCGGCGGAUAUGCCAUUGGAAUCAGGUACCUUCUGAUAGGACGAGAUUAGCCAGACAGCCGCGGACUCUUCCAUUGGCACAACCACCAUCCAGACUUUCGACUUCGCGAUUGCGUCUCCACGACAGUUACCCGACGACUCGAAGCUUCACCAACCCACCAAUCGGCGCUUGUAUAUCCACAAUGGCCUCUGGAUACGGACUUCACGGAGGCCCAUCGCGGUGCUUCCCCUACUGGCAGGAGCUCCUCGGCUGCUACGUCGUCAACACCAGCGGCGAGGACCACUCGGAGAAGAAGAAGUGCGGUUUGGCUCUGGAAGAUUACUACGAGUGCUUGCACCACAAGAAGGAGGCUGCGAGAGCGAGGGCGCUUCAGGCUGCCUACAGAAAGGCCGAGUCGGCCAGUGCACGAGACAACGCACCGAGCGCGGGGCAAAUACGCAACCUUGGACUACUCGGUAAGGAGGACGACACGAAGGCUGUAACGGGGUCGAGUUGAGCGAGAUAAAGUUGAAGCCAGACCCGAGAGGGGCGAAACAACAUGUACAUGGCGCGAACCGGACAGGUAGUUGCUGCAAGCACCAAAUGAUAAACACCAGUUUUCUUUUCAGUGCAUGGGAAUGGAAUACUUGCGUACAAUUCGGAGAUCCAGGGAUGUGUCAGUCUCAACUGAAACGAGGCACAAUCUCCAUCAGAAGAUUGAAUAGGGAUGAGGCACUACCCAGGAUAUGGAUGAUUGUGGCGAUAGUGUUCUCAUGCUGAACUCAAAGCAGCAUACUUCCCUUUCGCCAUCGAGGGAGGCUGUGUAGGUACAUGGAGAGGAAACAAUUGCCAACGUAAGCUUGGACUUGCUGGCGGAAAUCGCGAGUAACGGCGGCAGGAGCAAGCGGCAGGAGCAAGGUAAUAGUACACAGAGGGAAGGUGCAGUCCGAAAUUCACUAGAAGCCGCACCUGCCCUAGAGAAUGACAGGAUCAGUCGACGAAUCACACUUAAAC